UUAAUUAAUUAAUCUUACACGACACGCUAUCCAUUAAUGCGUCAAAAACCGAACGUUCGAUUGAGUCAUCAAAGUCAUAUGGUUUCACGUUUCAGUCCUGAUCGAGUAAACACCAAGAAGCAGCAGCGCAGUAACGACACCGUUUCGAUGGGGAACUGUAACAGCGAAGCCUCUUCCCAAACUCAGCCACAUUCCGAUCACCAUCCCCAACCACGCUCCAACUCCAACGGCAUCACCGUCCUUCCUCCCAAUUCGAAGCCCUCCGUUGGCCGGGUCUUGGGCCGGCCCAUGGAGGACGUCCGCUCCACCUACACCUUCGGCCGCGAACUGGGCCGCGGCCAAUUCGGCGUGACAUACCUUGUGACCCACAAACACACCAAACAACAAUUCGCGUGCAAAUCCAUCGCCACGCCCAAACUCGUCCACCGCGACGACUUGGAGGAUGUCCGGCGAGAGGUGCAGAUCAUGCACCACCUCACCGGCCACCGCAACAUCGUGGAGCUCAAGGGCGCUUACGAGGACCGCCACUCCGUUAACCUCAUCAUGGAGCUCUGCGGCGGCGGCGAGCUCUUCGACCGGAUCAUUGCCAAGGGCCACUACUCCGAGCGCGCCGCCGCCGACCUCUGCCGCCAGAUCGUGACGGUGGUCCACGAUUGCCACACCAUGGGAGUGAUGCACAGGGAUCUCAAGCCAGAGAACUUCCUGUUCCUCAGCAAGGACGAGAACUCGCCGCUUAAGGCCACGGACUUCGGUCUCUCCGUGUUCUUCAAGCCCGGCGACGUGUUUAAGGAUCUUGUCGGGAGUGCGUACUAUGUUGCUCCUGAGGUGCUGCGUAGAAGCUAUGGACCCGAAGCUGAUAUUUGGAGUGCUGGGGUUAUAUUGUUCAUUUUGCUCUCCGGUGUCCCUCCCUUCUGGUCAAAAAAGGAACAAGGUAUCUUUGAUGCUAUUCUUCGUGGCCAUAUUGAUUUCACAUCAGAUCCUUGGCCUUCCAUAUCGAGUAGUGCCAAAGAUCUGGUCAAGAAGAUGUUACGAGCUGACCCCAAACAAAGGCUCUCAGCAGUUGAAGUCCUUGAUCAUCCUUGGAUGAGAGAAGAUGGAGCAUCUGAUAAGCCUCUAGAUGUUGCUGUUUUAUCCAGAAUGAAACAAUUCAGGGCAAUGAACAAGCUAAAGAAAGUUGCUCUGAAGGUUAUUGCUGAAAACCUUUCUGAAGAAGAAAUCAUUGGCUUGAAGGAAAUGUUUAAAUCCAUGGACACAGAUAACAGUGGAACAAUCACUUUUGAAGAGUUGAAAGCUGGUCUGCCAAAACUGGGUACUAAGGUUUCUGAGUCUGAAGUAAGGCAGUUGAUGGAAGCGGCUGAUGUAGACGGAAAUGGGACCAUUGAUUACAUUGAAUUUAUAACAGCUACCAUGCACAUGAAUAGAAUGGAAAGAGAGGACCACCUAUAUAAAGCUUUUGAAUAUUUUGACAAGGAUAGAAGCGGGUACAUCACAAUGGAAGAGUUGGAAUCUACCCUUAAAAAAUAUAAUAUGGGUGAUGAGAAAACAAUAAAGGAAAUCAUUGUGGAAGUCGAUACAGACAAUGAUGGAAGAAUUAAUUAUGAUGAGUUUGUAGCCAUGAUGAGGAAAGGCAAACCAGAUUUAGUAACCAACAGACGUCGCAAAUGAUUACGUUGAUCAUAAAUUGCCUGUCUAACUGGGUUCGUAGACAGACAGGAGGAGGCUCAGGCUCUACACGUUUUUGUGAUACGGAAUACGUUGCAUUCAAUUCGACACUCUUUACUCACAUGUUGUUUUUGAGAGCUGUUCUAUAACAAAGUAUUUCUGCUUCUUUGCCUGCUAGUUUGCGGGUCUCGUGGGACAAUUUACUCUCGAGUUUGUAAUUUUUUAACAUAGGGAAUUAAAUUUUAACUUGGCUCUUUAGUAAAUGAUUUUUUCCCUUCCAUAUAAUAUAUGUUUAUUCUGAUUCCUUUUAAGUAA